UGAACCAUGCGAUAUCUACACUAUUUACUUGUGUUCUACACCAGUAAACCUAAGCUCUAUUAAGAAAAAACUUAGCCAGGAAUUUUCAUCAUCAAUCCAAUUUUUGGAACUUCUAUCUCCAAACUUUACCUAAUCUUCUUCCUUGUCACCACACCACCAAUGGUCUCCCACCUCAUCUUAUGAACCCUCUCAAAGAAGCUUUUGACUUAGCCAGUCCUGAUUUUACCCUAAUCUUGAAAACCCUUAAGCCCGAUUUGUUGAUUUAUGAUUUACUCCAACCUUGGGCUCCAAAGGCUGCUGCUGAGUUAAAAAUCCCUGCUGUUGAAUUUAUUAACUGCUUAUAUGUUGCAUGAUUUCAAUAAGCCAGGUAUAAAAUUUCCCUUCUCGUCUAUUUAUUAUCGUGACUAUGAGAUGGCUCGUAUAAAGAAAGAUGAAUCAUUUAUGCCUGUGGAAAAGCUUGAGGAAGAUAAAAAGCGAGUUAGAGAUUGUUUUUACCUAUCUAGUGAUAUUGUUUUGAUAAAAAGUUUUAAGGAGAUUGAGGGUAAAUAUAGUGAUUAUAUCACUAAGUUAACUGGGAAAAAAGUUGUGCCAAUUGGUCCAUUAGUUCAAGAACCUACUCUUGAUGACGGAGAAUCAGAGUUAAUAACAUGGUUGAAUGAAAAAGAGGAGAAAUCCACAAUUUUUGUAUCUUUUGGAAGUGAAUAUUUUUUGGAGAUUGCUUAUGGGUUGGAAAAUAGUAAGGUGAAUUUUAAGGGUUUUUCAAUAGGGGAAAAGUUUUUAAAGGAGGCAAAAAUCUUGGAGCAUUCAAGUAUUGGCGGAUUUGUGAGUCAUUGUGGAUGGAGUUCUGUAAUGGAAAGCAUGAAAUAUGGGGUUUCGAUUGUUGAAGAGGUUGGUAUUGCUGUGGAAGUUGUGAGAGAUAGUAAUGGAAAGCUUCAUAGAGAGGAAGUUGCAGCCAUAAUCAACCAAGUGGUGGUGAAGAAGGAAGGUGAAUUUGUGAGACAAAAGGCAAGUGAUAUGAAGGAAAUGCUUCGUUCCAAAGGAGAUGAAGAAGUUGCUAAAGAGUUGGAAAAGCUUUGUGCUAAGAAAACUCACAGUUUUAUUGAAGGUUUUUAGUAUAUUUAGAUGCUACUAUAGUUUUUGUUGCUUUAUUUAGAUGCUUAUCUUACUGUUAGGUUCACUUUAGAUAAACUUGCUUUAUGCAACAGCUGGUAAUAUUAUUAGUUUUUCCG